CUCUGCAUAGCUUUGGGGAUUGUCUGAUGGACUAUAUAAGUGGUAGAAAAAUUAAGUGAACGUAGGAUCUAGUGAGGCAGCCGUCUUCAGUUGGCACACAGACUGUGGUGGGAUUUCUCAGAGAUGCGGCUGUCUUUGAUUCAACCACCUUCCUGGGCCCUAUUGCUGCUGCCGCUGCUCGUGUGGGAGAAUGUGGCUUCUGUACCCAGGUGUCUCAUGAAAGAUGGCGGCUGCCAGAAGGUCCUCGGCUAUAUGUUUAACAGGACAAGCACCACAUCUGAGACCAUCAAUCGCCUCUCUUUGGAAACAUUAAAUGAAUUUGAUGCACAGUAUGACCCAGGCCAGAAGUUCCAGAACAAGCCCACCAUGACCUGCCACACUGCAUCCCACUCCAUCCCAAGCAGCAAAAUGAAAGCUCAAAGAAUGCAGCCUAUGACCCUUCUGAAUGUGACCAUCAGCAUGCUGGCUGCCUGGAAAAAUCUUCUGUACCAUGUAGAAAACAAUAUGGCUGAUCUUGAUGGAACUCCAUAUGCUACCAUAUCAAAAGUUACCUUGAUUGAUAGGCAAAUCAAAAGACUCACAAAAAAUCUGCAGGACAUUAAGACUAUACUCAGCCAGGUUCAUCCUGAACUUAAGAAAAAUGAGACCUACACUGCCUGGUCAGGAGAGCCAUAUCUACAGCAAUCCCAAAGAGGAAUCCAACUUUUUGGUCUACAUAGCUUGUUUGUAUGCCUGAACAGAGACACACAAAAGGUGUCUGAUUAUGUCAAUAUCCUGAGACACCAAAUUGUUCGUGAUGAAUGAAAGGCUUCCAGUCUUCUUGUUUAUUUCUGAGACAGUUCAUAAUGAUCUAAUCCUUAAAAGAUUCUUUUGUUGUGGGAUAAUGGUCUUGUACCCUGUAAUGAUUUGUUACUUGUAUUGGUUUAAUAAAAUACAGAUUGGCCUGUAGCCAGGCAGGAAGUGUAGGCAAAGCAACCAGAAUAGGAGAAUUCUGGGAAGAGGUUACCUCACCAAUACUUUAGCAAUGUCAAUAUCUAACAAAAUCAAUAUUUUAUAAUUUCUUUGUUCAUUUAAUAAUAAGAAGAAAUGAAAACUAUUAAAAUUUGUCACAAAAUGUGUUUUUCUUAGGAAUAAGACAUAACACAAUUUCACUUAGAAUCACAAUGGUUUAAUGUGAACCAAGUUAUUAGAAUCAAGGAAUGAAAUUAUGAUCCUACCAAGGACAUUGAAAUCUCAGACAUUUUAUGAAAACAAGCUUUGACAAUGAACCAAUUUUUCACAGAAAAAUAACCAAAAAAUGCAUAUAUUAUACACUUUACUAUCUCUAAGUCACAAACAAAAGGUAAAAACAAAGAAAACUUCUACUGGAUUGGCUUAACUAUAGGGUACAAAUUUGGAGCACAGAAUUGGAAUCCAUGAGAUCAAUAUAAAUUAUUCAACUAGUCAAUUAAAAUAGCAUGACUAAAAAGAAUAAAUUGCUGCAGACUGAACUGUCUGACAAGAGAAAGAGUGACAGAGCCACCAUUGUGUUCCAAAAAGAAGAAAAAGAAUGUUGUUGCCUGUCCCCUCAUAGAUGGGAAAGCUGAAAGCAUUUUAGCUUUGGUGGAAUACAAAACCUUAGAGAUAGAAAGUUUGUUACAACUCCAGUUAGAGUAAACCCAGAAGUGUCUACUCUGACAUUCAACACAGCCAAAUUUCACAAAAGACAAUUUUAAAAAAAUUAUUUAAAGAAGACAUGAGGGAAUGUUGCCUUACCUACAGGGGCACAAGGAAUUCAAAUGUCAGAGAUUUUUUUUCUAAAUCUGUGGCACCUAUAAUUAAUUAAGUAAUACAUACUAAAAGAAAAUGUCUAUUAUGAAUAUUAUGCCUAAAGAGACUAUCAUUCUGAAAUGGGAUAAAUAAACAAUUUCAAAAAAAAGACGAAUUUGUGGGUAGAGAAUUCUCUUUGGUAGUAUUGGAAGUAACUGAAAGGA